GACAGUAGAUUUAGCGCCAUAAACAAACCCAAUUGAAUAACAGAGUGAAGAUGAAUGUGAAAAGUUGAGAAAUUGAAUAAAGUCUCAGUGAAAAUCUAACGAAAAUGUCCAACUAUCCAACGGAAGAGGAAGAGUUUGAAAUGCUCUGCGAUGACGAAUUGGAAAUUGAAAAAGAAAUGGAACGCGAAAGUCAGGCUGUUGAGGAACCUAUUCCGGAAGAGAUUUUAUCUCAAACAACGUUGCCCGGAACUCCUGUCCAAUUGCCCAGCUGUUCCAGUUCGUCUAUCGUCGAUCAGCCCAUUCGUCAAUUGAACCGAAAAUUGUUUGACUCGCCAUACCCCACCAAUCCCCGAACAUCGUCAACACCAUUCUCUAAUGCACCGGCGAUGCCCACCACAUCGACACAACUAUCGCAGGAAAUAUUUCGCAGUGGUUUCGGUGCGCGCAAACGUUGCCUGGAAGAGUUGUUCGGUGAUAUACAGGACAUUGAUGACAUUGAUGAUCGUAAUAUCGAGACGAUAAUUGCAAAACGACAAAAAACCGAGGAAGAAAUCGACCUGGAGAUGAUUGAACGGAUAUUGGAGCUGAGGAAGCAGCGGGUGGUUGAAGUGAAUGCGGCCAAGUUCGAUGACUUGGAUCAACUGGAAGCGUUGCAAAAAUUCAAAGAACAAAAUCUGAGCAGCUCCAUUCCAAAGUAUCCGUUCAUUCCGAUCCGAAGCGACGGUGACCGGAUCUAUGUGCGCUUCCAUUCGGAAGACUUUGAGUCGGAACGGAUUCGUGAGAUUCAGUGUGGCAAGAGUUUCGGUUCGAUCAUGUCGGUGGCGGCGAAAGAACAGAUGUGGGCUCUGGCGCAGAAAAUGGUGGGUGAUCGGAUGACCGCAACAGCGUCGAUACCUGAUGUUGUGGUCACAACGGAUAAUUUGAUCGAUUCAAAUCUGUGGGUGGAGAAGUACAGACCGAAGAAGUACUUGGACCUUCUAUCCGAUGAAUCGACCAAUCGCAAUUUAUUGAAAUGGCUGAAAAUGUGGGACAAGAUUGUAUUCCAACGCGACGUCGACAUCAAAUCGCUGAAGAAACAAACCGUCCAAUUCCAACAAUUCCAAAAAUUUCGCCGAAAAGAACGGAACACCCUCAAAACCGACUACGACGAACACGGUCGACCAAUGCAGAAAAUAGCCUUGUUGUGCGGUCCGCCUGGAUUGGGAAAAACCACCCUUGCUCAUACGAUUGCACGGCAUGCCGGUUACAACAUUGUCGAGAUAAAUGCAUCCGACGAUCGUACUCCGGAAGCGUUCAAACUAGCACUGGAAAAUGGAACUCAAAUGAAAUCAUUUUUGGCGAAAGACAACCGACCGAACUGCAUAAUUCUGGACGAAAUUGACGGCGCUCCUGUACAGUCAAUUGACUUUCUACUCAAAUUUGUUGGCGAGAAAGUCGUCCAAACAUCGAAUGUGAAAGGAAAGGGGAAAGCGAAGCAACUGCUGCGUCGACCGAUAAUAUGCAUCUGUAACGAUAUGUAUGUACCGGCACUGCGUCAACUCAGACAGAUAGCGUUUGUGGUCAGUUUUCCACAGAUGGAAAGUGGACGAUUGGCGGAUAGGCUGCAUAUGAUUUGUCGACGAGAGAAUAUUACCGCUGACUUCUCAUCCUUGCUAGCAUUGGCUGAGAAAAGUGGAAACGACGUGCGAUCGUGUUUGUCGAUGCUACAGUUUUUCGCUAGUGUUGGCAAACCGUUGACUAUCAUCGAUGUGUUGAAAAGCAAUAUCGGACAAAAGGACAUGCAGAAAGGGCUAUUCACGAUUUGGGAAGCCAUUUUCCAGAUUCAGCGUCCUCGUCGCACACUGAAAGACCACGACAAUGAGAUUGCCAAUUCGGAACAAAUGGUCUCGAUGACAGACACAUCGGCCAAAUCAAGAGUGGCUAAUGUCCUGCACGUGCUGCACAUGAACGGCGAUUACAGUCGGCUGAUGAACGGAGUGUUUGAGAACUAUCUGAAGCAGAAAAUGCCCGACGCUAAUAUGACUGGAGUGGCGGAGGGUGCGGAUUGGUUUUGCUUCUCGGAUCGCGUCAAUCAGUUCAUAAAUCACAAACAAAACUAUUCCGUUUAUUCGUACAUGCAGUACGGAUUCGUUGCUUGGCAUUUGCUGUUUGCGAGUAUGGCAUGGCCGAAAAUUGCAUUUCCCAAGCAAGGAUACGAGUUUACACAAAAAGCAAAUGUCCAUAAAGCAAUUGAGAGUUCGUUGAAAAAAGGAUUCUGUGCAACCACUCGAGGUGUUGGCGAUGGUCCGUGCGUUAUACUUGAUACGGUUUCAUUGCUGCGAAAAGUGAUUUCGCCAUCGUUACGAACCGUAUCGGUCGAAUUACUAUCACCGAAAGAACGAUCCGAUUUGAAACAUGCGGUCGACGUGAUGGUCGAUCUGGGAUUGACGUACAUUCAGAUCAAAAGCCAGGACGGCACCUUUCAAUAUCGACUGGAACCGGACAUCGAAAUUCUGUGCAACUUCGAAACUGCCAACAAACAUCACAUGAAUUACUUUAGUCGUCAAAUUAUUUCACGUGAGGUUGAAGUGGAAAAGAUGCGUCGGGCUGGGCCCAAGUUUAAAAAUAAUGAAAACAGAAGUGCAAAAUCAACCAAUUGCGGCAAAGAGAAUGUUCCGAAUCAUCUGCGAACAUUAAAUCCAAAGUCGAUACAGCAGGCUCAACAAGUUACCAAACAGAUUUCAAAAGACAUAUUCGGGAGAGUGUCAACGAAAUCAGUGCCGAUCAGCGUCCAAGAUGGUGGAACUGACGUCAUAAUAAAAAGUUCAAUUUGGUACAAAUACAAAGAGGGCUUCAACAAUGCCGUUCGAAAGGAUGUGACGAUAAAUCAUUUACUUUAAGAACCAUUCGUUAAAGAUUUGUGUUGUUGCGUAAGUUAAGUGAGGUGUAAUGAGUUUGUAAUGAAUGGUUCGUCGCAACAUUAAUGUGAAUUAGAUUUUGAUAAUUCGAGUUUUGAAAAAUAAAAAUGAUUUUGCCAGCAAA